UGGUUUUGGCAAUCUUUGGCCAUUCCAUCAAGAUACCAGUCAUCAAUGUAAUCAUCACGCAGCACGUUUUGUGGAUUGAUUUUUGUUUAGCACAGUGCGCGUGCAUGUGUGUGUGUGCGCGCGCCUGCCUGCUCUCUCUUGCUCACAGGCUGGUAGUGACGUGUGGGUUGACUGCUAACUGCGUCUUUCUCUCUCUCACACACACGCGCGCGGGUUGGUGUGGUGGAGUAUUGGCAGCAGCCGACACCAGGGAGUGACUCAUUGGGAAGGUCACAGACGCCAGCGGUACAGCAAGCCCCUCGCCUCGGCCUCGCGCCGUCACAAGCCGUGCAGUCGGAUGAAGACCCACGAGAGAGCGGCGGCGGUGUGUGACAGGGCUGUGCGCUGUGCGUUUGCCGAGAUCGGGCCCUCGUGUUGACAAAUCCACGACACUCAGCCCUACCAGGAGCCUCCCUACCUCCUACACCACAACACCACCUCCUCCACCACCACUGCAAUCUACCGCUGUACAGCCAGUUUCAGAGGGAGCUACAUGUCUGCUACAGCUGCUCUCGUUCUGCGGGACCGCCAGUAACUGUUUGAAUGUGCACGCUCGCUAACUGCUCUAAGCUGUUGAAGAUUGUUUCCCAGAUGUCAUCCGUCAUCCACAGGAGCUAAAUCGCUGGCACCACUUUUCGGAAGUGAGAAGAGGAUAGAAAAGAUUCGCAUAUGUUGCAGCCCGGCUGCAGCAUUUGCUGCAACAGUCCGCUCUCUGCGUUUGGCAGAAAUCGGCAGCACGACCGCCGGUGCGGCAGAUAUUAUUUACACUGCCGACGCGGGCGGGAGACAAAUUGCUCCCGAGGCCGGUCCCUUCCCAUCUGCGUGGCCAUUAAUUUGCAGCCAACUAGACAGCCGGCACUGUGUGCAAGUCCACUCUUGAAGAAGAAAUUGCAGCCCUGUCGAAAGACAUACAUUUCAGACCAGGCACAUGACUUGUAGAAAUUGCCACCGAGCUCAAAAAUCAUUUCAUCCUAGUGUGAAGAAAGCUGUCAGGUGGGCGGAUGACUGAGGCCUUGCCCAAACUUUAUAAGCAUAAUUUAUGGAAAAAUAGUUUGGCUUUAUGGCUGGAAUCCAUCUGCAGCCUCUUCUGGACUACGCUAGAGAGCAAAUAGUAUGUGAAAUGGUCUGCGUAGUACCUGUAAGAGCUGUUUUCAGCUGAUUCUGAGUAACAGGGAACAACUGUAGAAGAGCUGCCUUCUCACCACGGAUUAAAGAAGCUGGCACUGGAAUAUCCUUCGUGCAUGUAGUUGCACCCGUUUAGUAACAUCUGCAAACGAAGGUUUGAGGACUGCAGUAGCUGUCCUUGUGAGUGAAGCAGGCUUCAGUGGUGUGAAGGGUUGUGAGGGAUUCCAGCGACUGGUGCUUUCCACCAAAGAGAGAGAGAAGGAGACUCAGGAGCCAGCCGGAGUAUGCCGGAACUACAGUGGUUGAGCUCGCUGCUGCUGAUCAUGUUGCUGUGUGCCACUGAGAGAUGCCACUGCGCCGAUUUCUACAUCAAACCUGCCACCCAAAGACCAGCCAGCGACAUCACGUGCUGGACAUGCCCCGAUAAAAGCGACAACGACUCCUGUAAUAACUGGGCCCCGGAUCUCACCUGUCCCAAAAACCACACAGUAUGCCAGACAAGACACAGAUUUGAUUCGAUCACCAAAGUCAGUGUGUUGGUCAACAAGCGGUGUGUCCAGCCGAGUGACUGCACGGACCAGCACAUUGGCUGCACAGUCAACGCUAGGGGACAGGAGGAGUGCGUGUCCUGCUGUGACUAUAGCUACUGUAACCAGGAGGUUCCCUACAACAGGUCCAUGGCACUCAAGUUGUCUGUCUUCUCCAGGGUGGGCAGCAGUUCAUCAGGAACAGCCACAUUCAUCCACUUGGACAGAGUGAUGACUGUCAUGAUAAUGUUUGCCAUCCUCGGUCUACGUGAACUAGGUUAUCAAAUCACCUGAGCACCUGUGAAAUGUUUUAGUGAGAUAAUUUAAUAGCAACUUUUGGCUACUACUCUACUAUCCAGUAGAAGAUUGUGUUUGUGUGCACACAUGUGUUCAUGCAUAUUUAUGCUUGGAUUCCUGUUCCUGCUCGAUUCACACCAAACAUCUCAAGUUGAAAUGACAGUGAUAAGCAAUUGAUGCAUAUCAAAUGGCAUUCCUUGAAGAAUUCCAAGCCAACCCGAACGAAGUGGAGAUCAGACAUCCUGAAAUGGAUAUGCUUGGCUGUUUAUCAUGAAACUUUGUAAAACUUUAAGAGAUUUCUGCUUGGACUGCCGAUCCUGAGCAUCUAGAAUUGCUGGUUAUAUGUUGCUGCUGUAGACAUUCUCAAAUAGGAGAAAGGCCACACUCUGUACCCCAACAUCGAUUUUUCUUUCAAGAUUUUGCUAUUGGCAAUUUAUUAGAAAGUAUAACAUUUAUAAUUUUUUAUGUUAUUAAUUUAUUCUGUUUAUAAUUCUAUUUAUUUAUCCAUCAGAUGAAAAGAAACAAUGUGGAAAAGGGCAGUUACCUUUGGAACCCAACCUUGAUCAAGACACCCCAAAAUAUCAACACCUUUUUCCCUACAUUGUGCCACUUUCACCCCUCAGCUCAUUCUGUUUAGGGAUUGAAGAUCUAUAGUUGAAAGAGGAAAGACUUUAUAAUCUGUGCAAUAGACUCAAAAGACCUAUCUAAAGAGUCAUCUGGUAUUUUGAGUACAAGAACAGUGGUGCCCUCUCUUGCUGGGUGUGAAACGUGCAGUGUAAUGACUGGCUUCUGGACAUAAAGGACCAAGGUAACUACCUCGCAACUUCAGGAUGGGGUUCAACAAUGCGAGUGAUGCUGUUAGGCUGCAUUGCUUAAUAAGAAAAACUUUUUGUGCAUGUGCCAAAUACAAGGAUUGACAGGCUAGCAUAUGUUCACGCAUGCACAUGGUAUUUUGGAUCCAGAUACCUAGUUGAACUUGCAAAGCUAUCACCUGCUAGACUUGACCUUAUUAACAAGGAAUGAUAAAGGUAUAAUUACACACAAAAUGGGUUUUAACUGUUGUAUGCAUUUGUUCUUCAGUUU